CCUCAACCCAAACGUAGAAGAAGAGAAAGGAAACAACAAGCCUUGCAGCUAAAUCCCGAGUGAUUUUAUUGCGGAUUAUUUUUAAUGUACCUUCUUUAGGAGGAGCUAGCACAGCUGGUAAAACAUGCCGAUUGGCAGUUAACAUAUUUUCGCUCAUCGAAAACACAAAAGGUGUCUAUUGUACUACUUUAUAAAGUCUAGGCGGAAAUGUUAAGCGUGGAGUCGUUGCAAGUGGUUGAGGAAGAGGUGGUUGAAUCCAGCUCCAAUAAACUCGGUGACAUUUACACUUUUGUGGCCAAGGGCUGCUUUCCUCAGACGAUGAAUCCGUUACGAAAGAAGAAUCUUAAACGAUACGCCCAGAAAUUUGUAAUUGAUGAGGGCAAACUGUACUACGUGGGACCCAAGAAAGAAGAGAAGAGGGAGGUGGUGAUCGAGGCGGAGCGAAAGAGGCAGGUAUUUCUCGACUGCCACUUUAAUGACAUCGGUCAUCACCUGGGCCAGAAGAAGACUGUCCACAGGAUCCAGAGCAAGUACUACUGGCUGGGGAUCAUCAAGGACGUAGUGGACUGGAUAAAAGUAUGCGAGACAUGUCAGCACACCGAGAGGAAUAAAAACCUGGCCAGGACCGUUCGGCCCAUCAAAGUGGACGCACCUUGGGACAUCGUUGGGAUUGACAUAACGGGGCCUUUCCCGGAGACGCAGCAAGGCAACACCAGUGUUACACUCCUCAUUGAUUAUUUCAGUAAAUGGCCAGAAGCUUUUCCAGUUCAAAAGACAGAUGCUCUCUCUGUUGCUAAAUGUAUUUCCAAAUGCAUAUACAGGUUUGGUGCCCCUAAAACAAUAGUGUGCACACAGAAUGUCGACUUCUGUGAUGAGGUGACAAGGCUGCUGUGCGGCAGGUGGAGCAUCGUGCAGAAGGUGUCUCCUCUGGAUCAACCUCAGCUCAACCCGUUCCACGACUGCACGAGUCCUUUACUGAAGGAGGCCAUUUUGCAGAUGGUAACCGAGAAGCAGACGGAAUGGGACGACUUCCUGGACCCGGUGCUGUUUGUCUUCAGGACGUCCGCCAACCCCACGACCAAGUUCAGCCCUUACUCCCUCAUGUUCAACAGGAAGGUUAAUUUACCCGACGAGAAUACCUUGAGUCUGCUCAAUUACGACGAGCAGGAGCAGGAUACGUAUUCCACAAAGGAGAAGGCCUCGGCAUAUAUGACGAUAAUGCAGGAGCAGCAGAACUCUGUGAAGCAACUGGUGAUGGCCAAUAUGAACGCUGCCUACAAACAAGAGAAGAAAAAGAACACCAAGCGGAGAACACACAACAUGCGCUCGGUGACUUUUAAAAUCGCAGAUCCUUCUUUCUGUGCAGGAGACUCGCCCUCCCCAAAGAAACUGAAAGACAGUAUAUAUUUAUCUUUUCCUGUUGAGACUGUGCUGGCCACCGAGCAAAGCAGCUCAGAGGACAUGAAGACUGAGUUAGAAUAUCACUUGGCUGAGUCCGAUGUCCACUGAGGACGACUGGACGGAUCAGGGGAGCUCGACGAUGUGUUGUUGUGAUAAAGCAAGCUGAAGUAUCGAACAGGGGAUAGAAAUCCAGAUGUUGGUGAGCUGAGUUUGUAUCGCCGCUGACGCUCCUGUCUGUUAGUUGAUGCUCCACUGGUGAUGAGAAUCAGAAUAUAUAUACCUAAAAUGUAUCUAAAGCAUUUGUUAAAACCAGAAACCCUUGUGAUCACACCAUUAAAAGACAUCACUCCCUCUGAAACUGACACUUUUCACUCAGUAAUGUGGCAGAUUUACGCUUAUUUUUAGAGAAUUACUGUUAGCAAGCAGAUGAAUGAGUAAAACAGUGACACGAAGGGAAACUUUCAAAAAGAUAUGGUCACAUCAUUGUCGUCAAAGACCUUUGAGUUAGCGUUUGUUCAGUUAGCAACCACCUCUCCACAGAUGUUUUCUCCUGUGUUAAUCACAGAGUCACUCACUAGCGUGGGCUCUUCUCAUGUGAACCAACAAGCCAAUAUUAUUCAUGAAAUCUCUCCCACAAGUUCUGCAGGAUUAUUCAUGAUUCUCCACUGCGUGGCUUCUCAUGUGGCUCUUCAAUGAGGAGCCCCAAACUAAUGUUUUCCCACAUGUUUCGCAGGCCUCUCCCGUGUGUGCAUUUUCUUAUGUCUUAUCAAUGCCGAAACAUCCGCGAAUACUUUCCCGCAGGUAUUGCAGAGGUAGGAUUUCUCACCCAUGUGGGUUCACAUAUGGACUGUCUUGUCCCUGCUACGGUUGAAACUCUUCACGCAUUUUCCACACGCGUCACAUUUGUUGGUCUGUUCAUCUGUGAGAGUAACAUGGUGACUAGCCAGAAUCUGCUGUUGUGACUCUUUGUUUGAUGUUAAACUUUGUUUCACUCCUUUCUGA